AUGCGCACUCCAAGCUUUGGAUAUCAUGUGCCUUCUCUCUCAAUAAACUACACUCUCGGAGGGCAUUAUAGGGUAUUAGAGAAUUUGAAUAAACCAUUACUGUCCUCUCUUUGCCCACCCUCAAACAUACGGCAAUAUCCCACUCAGCAGGAUGACAGAGCUGGUGGUGAAGAAAAGGAUGAAGUCUUUUACCUCGCGGACAAACCUUUUACCUCUUCAACCGAGGAAAAGAAGAAAUCGAUGCCGCGGUUUCCUUACUCAGUUGAACUUUACUCACUGAGAGGAAGAGAAAGGACUCUGGUUUGA